AUGUCUUCCCAAGGCUCUCGAUUGCAAGGAAAGGUUGCCAUUGUCACCGGAGGAGGCUCCGGCUUUGGCGCUGCAAUUGCCCGUCGAUUCGGCGAGGAAGGUGCGAAGGUCCUGGUCGCAGAUAUCAACGUCCAGGGAGGCGAGCAGGUCGCUGCUCAGAACCCCAGCAACCUGAAGUUCCAGCGGAUGGAUGUUACACAAAAGGCUGACUGGACGACCAUUGUUGAUCGGGCGUUCUCCGAAUUUGGAAGACUGGAUAUCAUGGUGAACAAUGCCGGAACUAGCUAUCGCAACAAGCCCACCGCUGAGGUGACCGAGGAAGAAUGGGAGCGAGUGUUCAACGUCAAUGUCAAGAGCAUCUACCUAGCUGCCCAAGUCGUCAUGCCCAAAUUUAUUGAACAAGGCCAGGGUGGCUCUAUGAUUAACAUCUCUUCGACUGGUGCUAGUCGUCCUCGACCGGGUCUGGUGUGGUAUAAUGCCUCUAAGGGCGCUGUCACAAACGCUACCAAGGGGCUCGCCGCCGAGUAUGGUCCUCACAACAUCCGAGUCAACAGUGUCGCUCCUCUACUUUCCGGUACCGGUCUCUUUUCUAUGUUUACCGGUAUGGAGGAUACCCCCGAGAAUCGCCAAAAGUUCAUCGGAAAUGUUCCUUUGGGUCGUUUGACCGAGGUGGAUGAUAUUGCCAACAUUUGUCUGUUCCUUGGAAGUGAUGAGGGACGUUUCAUCAAUGGUACUGAAAUGGUCAUCGAUGGUGGAAAGUGUAUUUAA